AUGUGGAAAUACCUUCAUAGAUCAGUCAAAAAUGAAGGGACCGUAGAACGGCUCACUAACCUCAACUUAUUUACCAAUCACCGUUUCAAGUUUUAUUCUACAUUAAAGGAACAAAGUUUUUGGAGAAUACCAUUCAAAAGAAGGAGCAAAUUACAGAAAUGGGUGUUAUCGACAGGCAUCGUAAGUUUCAUCGCUUUUAACAUAUGGUGGGUUUAUUGGCCACAUCAUACUUUUCCCAAACCCGUUGCUAAAAUAUUAAGGAAGGGGUUACAUUCAGAAAUUAAGAAAGAAGGUGCGAACUACCAAAAAAGCCUUGAGUACUACCUCGAAGCUUUAGAAGAAUGUAAAGCCGAAAACGUGGAUCUACUUUCGGAUGAAUAUACCGGUAUUGAAAUCAAAAUCGGAGAAAUGUAUGAGAAAUUACAUAUGUAUAAUGAUGCUACAGCUUUAUAUGGAGACAUGCUGAAAAAGUUCUAUAAUGAACUAAGCAAAACUACUGAUAAGUCAACGAAGAGAAAAUUCUUUUUGUUGAAAAGAGACCUUCAAAUUUUGGUAAGGUUCAAUGAAAUAAAUAAAGACUCUGAAACUAAUGCAACGUUAUUGAUAAUGCACCUUUUAUUAGCUCAACGAGAAUUUUUGGAGAACUCACCGGAGUUCAAAAAUGUUCUUUCCAAAUCAGAACUUUUAAACAACCAACAGCUUGACUGGAAGAAUUUCAAGGGUCUACCAUUUAUUGGUAAAUCCAAACCUGACUACCAAAUGCAUUUAAACUCUAAAAGAAAACAGGAGUUGAAGAUAAAGGAACCUGAAAGCGAACAAUGCGUUUUCAUGAAAGAACUUCUGACUGCAAGAGAUUUAUAUACUCGUUACUGUCUCAAUCGGAGUAAUCUUUCUGGGGCCUUGAAUAGCAAAAUAACAACACUAGAAUGGAUGUUACUAGCGGAUAGUCCUCUGGACGACAUCUUGCUUGCCCAGGCAGAGCUCGGGUCGAUUUUUUAUCUAAAUUCAGAGAAGUUCGAAGGAAGUCUAUACGCUAUUGAUAAUGAACCGUACAAAAAAUCAGAACCUUUAGAACUUAUUCGGUCCAGGUUACAAGAAAACCAGAAUUCCUGCUUACAGUACUCGGCUGACUGCUAUAAAAGUAUUAUCAGCUUUGCCAAUGAAAAUCAAUAUCCAAAAGUUGCAAUGGAAAGCGAAAUGGAUCAGAGAAUACUUAAGGCAUUAUCCCUUGCUCACUACGGUAUUGGUGUGAUAAAUUUGCAUAAGGGACGCUUGAGGGCAUCUAAGAAGGAACUUAAAAAGGCUAUUCGUAUUUCAGAGAUGAUUAGAUUUAAUGAACUCAUUGAGGAAGCUCAACGUGAACUUAAAAAGGUUGAUGGUACGCCUAUAUAA